AGAAUUAGAUUGGGCUGAACAGGAGAGAAGCGGACCUACUCCCCAGCUUAUUGGAACCUCCUCCCUCUCUCCCUCCCCCUCUCUCUCUGACGAAUGGCGAGUGGGUACACAUUUCUUAAGAACAGGUAUUGGAUACUGAGACACGGUAAAAGCAUUCCAAAUGAGAAAGGUCUCAUCGUUUCAUCUAUGGAAAAUGGAACGCUUAAACAAUAUGAAUUAGCUUCUGAAGGAGUUCAUCAGGCGCGCUUGGCUGGAGAACUGUUCCUUAAGGAACUCAGUGAAAAGAACAUUGGAUUGGAAAAUGUUCGAAUCUGCUAUUCACCGUUUUCAAGAACCAGUCAUACUGCAAAAGUGGUGGCAUCUGUUCUAAAUAUUUCACUCGAAGGUCCACAGUGCAAGGCUAUGGCAGAUCUUCGGGAGCGAUACUUUGGUCCUUCAUAUGAGCUUACGUCUCAUGAUAAAUAUCCUGAUAUAUGGACCCUGGAUGAGAAAGAUCCCUUCAUGCAGCCUGAAGGUGGAGAAAGUGUUGCAGAUGUUGUCUCUAGACUCACAAGGGCUUUAACUGUUAUAGAAUCAGAGUUUGAAAGAUGUGCAGUACUGAUUGUGAGCCAUGGUGAUCCACUCCAGAUUCUGCAAACAAUACUCAGUGCAGCUAAGAUACACAACGAUGACUUGACAUCAAUAAUGCAGGCAGUCAGCAUUCCAUCUGUGCUGUCAAGGCACCGCAAGUUUGCGUUACAAACUGGAGAACUUCGUCAAUUAGUAUAGCUAGUAGCUUCCAUGUGGCAGCAAAGCAUGUAGUAUUUUAAGUGUAUUACUGAAAUCUAUUUUUUAUAAUAAUGAGAUAAACAUUGCUACUAGAUUCUAACUGGAAGUUGCCAGUUAUGAAGGUAUGGUAAUUGAGUUUGAGAAAUAAUUUUACCUCUUUACAUGUAUACAAAUGCAACCAUUAUGCAUGGAAAGGCUAGAUCUAUGUACGUAA